CCCAUCUUCGACUUUGUCUUCAUCUUCACCUAUUGCAUUUAAGAAACCCUAGCCGCCUCUUAUCGUCGGCGCCCAAAACGGGGAGCCGAACGGCAUGGAAGACCUCACGGACAAAGUCGCCUUUCUCAGGCUCUGGUCUCCUCUUAAUCACCCUGGAAAUUACCGUUCCUACCCCGACGUCUUUUUGGUUGCCUCGGAUCACGUUUCUCCCCCCGUCCCCGCUCAAAAGGCUGUUUUGGCAAGUCAUUCCCCAGUUUUCAAAGCAAUGUUUGAAAAUGAAAUGGAGGAAAGCCAGAGUGGUAGAAUCAAUAUUAGCAAUGUUUCAUAUGAUGCCCUUCGAAUGUUCAUCAACUACUUGUACACGGCCGAGGCUUGCUUGGAAGAGCAAAUAGCCUGUGAUCUCAUUGUAUUGGCAGAGAAAUAUCAAGUGAAGCACCUCAAAGCCUAUUGUGAGAAUUUCAUGGUAUCGAAAUUGAACUGGGAUAAUUCAAUAGUGAGCUUUGCAUUUGCACGCCAGCACAAUGCCAAGCACCUGCUUGAUGCUGCUUUGUCACUGAUUAUGGAAAACAUGGAGAAGCUAACCAAGCGGGAAGAUUAUACACAGCUUGUGGAAAGGGAUCCCCAGCUUCUUAUUGAAAUCUAUGAAGCUCAUCUCCCCAAACUGCUGCCCCAUAUUUUUCCCUGAAUCCAUAUUUCUUCAAUCAUUUAAAUUUAUAUUUAGGUAAGCCGUUCCCCAUUUUUCAAAGCAAUGCUCGAGAAUGAAAUGGAGGAAAGCCGGAGUGGUAGAAUCAAUAUUAGUGAUGUAUUGGCAGCGAAAUAUGAAGUGAAACACGUCAAAGCCCGUUGUGAGAAUUUCAUGGUAUCGAAAUUGAACUGGGAUAAUUCAGUGGUGAGAUUUGCAUUUGCACACCAGCACAAUGCUAAGCACCUGUUUGAUGCUACUUUGUCACUAAUUGUAGAAAACAUGAGAAGCUAACCAAUUGGGGAGAUUAUACACAGCUUAUGGAAAGGGAUCUCCAGCUUCUUGUUGAAAUCUAUAAAGCUUAUCUCUCCAAACAGGUUAAUACUGCUUCAUAGGAUAGCAGUAUUAACCUGCUUGGAGCGAUGAGCUUCAUAGAUUUCAACAAUAAGCUGGGGAUCCCUUUCCACAAGCUGUGUAUAAUCUCCUAGAUUGGUUAGCUUCUCUAUGUUUUCUACAAUUAGUGACAAAGCAGCAUCAAGCAGGUGCUUGGCAUUGUGCCGACAUGCAAAGCUCACUACUAAAUUAUACCAGUAAAUUCUCACAAUAGGCUUUGACGUGUUUCACUUUAUAUUUUGAUGCCAAUACAAUGAGAUCAUAGGCCAUUUGCUCAUCCAAGGAGGCCUCAAUCGUGUACAAGUAAUAACCAAAAAAUGGAGGAGGAAGGAGAAACUAAACUUGCCUAUUAUGGAUUCGGGGAAGAAUUAUGGGCCAGCAUUAUUAACCUGUUUGGAGAGAUAAACUUCAUAGAUUUCAACAAGAAGCUGGGAAUCCCUUAUACGAGCUUCAACAAUCCAUCACUUAAAUUGUAGUAUAAUUUAAAGGCAUAUGCUUGUGUAUUCAUAUUUGUUCUAAUGGCAGUUAUAGUGGCCUAAGCUUAAACAAAGAUCCCUUUAUAUUAUACUUGGAAAUGUCAUAUAUUGGUUUCUAUUAUGUUUUAGCUAGAAGUUUUCUAAAAAUGUUAGCACUGUUAUGGUCUUGUACUAUUUUCUAAUUAUUUUUAAGCACUUACAAAAGCUCAACUCCAUAACUUUUUCUUAGAAGCAAUACCACUUGUCCUAUUGAUAUCAAUGAAUUUUCAUUA